CCGACAUGGACUGGUUCUUGAUGGGACUACUUGUGGUCUGUGUCACUGUGACCCACACUGAUGCUGAGUGUCACUGCAGUACUACGGAUGCUUGUUCCGAGUUCCCCUCUACUCCAUGUAGACACAGCGGCGAUCCGAAGAGAUGUCAGGAAGGGUGGUUCGGUCCAUAUUGUCAGAGACAAAAUGUUGCUUUGGGAAGAUCUUAUAACCAGAGUAGUACAUUGAACAAUAAUGUCACUCAAUACGGAGCAGGACUUGGUGUAGAUGGUAGGGCCACCACAGAUGCCCAUAGUAUCCCACUAACAUGUGCUCAUACCAGCAACGAGACAGAUCCCACCUGGACUUUGAACCUGAACACUUCGAGAACAGAAAAGAUACAGCACAUCAGACUCUAUUUACGUAACGAUUUAUUAGAAAGAAACAACGGCAUGGAAAUACUUAUAGGCAGCCAGAUGUGCUACAACUGGUCGCCAACUGAACAUCCUCCUCCUAUAGCUAACGUCACCUGCCGCCAGCCACUGACAGGAACAACGGUCACAAUACGGGUACCUGGUCCAGGGAAAUUCCUUACUUUGUGUGAAGUGCAGAUAUUUGUUUGCAGUGACGGGUGGUUUUCUGAGAAUUGUGACAGACAGUGUCAGUGCCUAAACAGAACUGAAAUAUGUGACAAGAUCACUGGUCACUGUUCUAGUGGAUGUUUCCCGGGAUAUUAUGGUACCGACUGCCUAACAGCAUGUCGAGAUUAUUCAUUUGGGAGCAAGUGCUCUUCCAAGUGUGGAAACUGCCUCAAUGGUGACAGCUGUGACAAGACAAACGGAACAUGUCCUGCAGGAUGUGCACCAGGAUGGCAAAGUGACACUACAUGUCUUCAAGCAUGUCCAAAUGCUUCCUAUGGUAUCAACUGUGCAUCCUCGUGUGGGAACUGUGUAGAUGGUGACAGCUGUGACAAGGCAAAUGGAACCUGCCCUUCACGAUGUGCAGCAGGAUGGAUGAAUGACGACGCAAUGUUAUGUCUACAACCAUGUCCAGAUGGUUCCUAUGGUAUCAACUGUGCCUCCCAGUGUGGAAACUGUGUAGAUGGUGUCGGCUGUGACACAAAAACAGGAACCUGUCCCGGAGGAUGUGCAGCAGGGUGGAUUAAUGACGGCACAUGUCUACAAAAGGAGUCCAACUGGGGUAUUCCUGUAACAGCGACCCUUGGUGCUUUGCUGAUUUUCACAGUGAUUGGGGCAACCAUAUACAUUAGACGGUUAAUGAAAGAACUGGAGAGCUUAAAAUCCAAGAUAUCAGAGGGCCGAUAUGUUGAACUUGAUGUGAGGACAAAGACACUACCAACAGAAAGUACCUACGAACACAUCGAUAUUGCUACGCCUUAUUACAAUACAGUCGAUCACGUUCAGGGUGAAAAUUGAUGGUGUUAUCUACCUUGGAGGAAAGGGUGCAGAUCUGCAGAAAUAUAUAGAUAUAACCCAUGAUACCUU